AUGUACUUUGUCUUCACUACCACCAAGAACAUCCAGAGCUCCAUUCUCAUCGAGCUCCUCCAGCGCCUGUCCCGCGUCUUCAAGGACUACUGCGGCGUCCUAACAGAAGAGAGCGUGAGGAGGAACUUCCUCCUCCUCUACGAGCUCUUGGAUGAAGUGUUCGAUCGCGGGUACCCGCAGGGCAUGUCGACGGAGCUGCUGAAAGCAUACAUCUACAACGAGCCCGUCGCUGUCCACGCCCCUUCCUCCGGAGGCGUAAGCAGCAAGCUGAACAAACUUUCCGACGCGCUGGCGGAGAAGGUGAAUCUUGGUGAGAGAAAGACGAUGACGUCGGCGGCUGCGAACAAGCCGAUCACUGUUGGGACCUCUGAUAGAAAGGACAACACCAUCUUCGUCGACGUGAUAGAGAAGUUGACUGUCGUCUCUGAUAGGAACGCACGGAUAACCCACCAUUACAUCAACGGAGCCAUUGUGCUGAAAAGCUUCCUAACUGGAAGCCCGGAAAUGAAGCUGUCGCUCAACGAAGACAUUUCUAUCACUUCCCUGGGAAUCGUCGGAGGAGGAGGAGCAGGAGGAGCAGGAGGAGGGAUUCCCAGCCUCACCCUUGACGAUGUGAAUUUCCACGAGUGCGUGAGGUGGACAGAAGGCAGCAAACGUGCAGAGUUUAACUUCUUCGCUCCUGACGGAGAGUUCACCCUUCUCACAUACAGGAUCAAGAGCGCGUUUCUCCCUCCUGUCACCCUCCAGCCCUUCCUGGAGCCGCAAGGGCCCAACGGCCUGGACUACGUCAUCCGAGUCCGUUCAGAGUUCCCACCAGACAGAACUGCCACCAACGUCACCCUCCACUUUGCCCUCCCCUCCUGGGCCACCAGCGUGUCGGUGGAGACAGCAGGAGCUCCUUUACCAGACGGCAAAUCGCUCCCUUCAGGUCGCGCUGAGCUGGACAGGAAGAAUCACGUGGUCACGUGGGUGAUCCCUAAGAUGCCAGGAGGAGCAGAAGCGAUUGUUCGGGCAAAGAUUGUCUUGCCUUCGCACACCAAGGCUUCUUCUUGCGAUCUCAGUGAGUUUGGAGCUGUAAAAGUUCAUUUCGAGCUUCCUAUGUACGUCCUUUCUGGGCUGCAGAUCAAGCAGCUUGAGUUCCUGCAGGGUGGCAGCAAGUCGCCGAACAAGUGGAUUCGCUAUGUCUCCCAGGCGCUCUCCUACGUUGGUCGAUGGACUUGA